CCGCCGUGCUACGCAUGCGCAGGGAGCGGCCGCCGUAAAGCGAAGCGGGGAAGAUGGCGGCGCGCUGCGCGGGAGGUGCGGGUAGCGCCUGGGUGCGGGGGCUCCUCGGCUGGGUGCGGCCGGAGAGGUGGUUUGCAGCUGGUAGCGCUUUCCCGCUGUCAUGCAUCCACACAAGUGCAUCCCUGCAGAAACUUGGGAAGUGGGAGAAAAAGAACAGGAUUGUUUACCCUCCUCAGCUGCCCGGGGAACCUCGCAGACCAGCUGAAAUAUAUCAUUGUCGGAGGGAAAUAAAAUACAGCAAAGAUAAGAUGUGGUAUCUGGCAAAACUGGUUAAAGGAAUGUCCAUUGAUCAAGCUCUUGCUCAGUUGGAAUUUAAUGAUAAAAAGGGAGCAAAGGUGAUCAAAGAGGUUCUCUUAGAGGCUCAGGAAAUGGCAGUAAGAAAUCACAACGUGGAAUUCAAAUCAAACUUAUAUAUAGCUGAGUCACUGGCAGGCAAAGGCCACUAUACAAAACGGAUCCGUUACCAUGGGAAGGGGAUGUUUGGCAUCAUGAAAAUCGUCAAGUGCCACUAUUUUGUGAAGUUGGUGGAAGGGCCUCCUCCUCCUCCAGAGCCACGAAUGACUGCUUUUGACCAAGCAAAAGAAUACGUGCAACAGCUGCGCAGUAGAACCCUUGUUCACACACUAUGAUGGACUUUUGUGACUGCCUAGGUACUUCUUGUUUGACAAAGUAGUUAUGUAAAAUAAACCUAAAACAUGUUUUUAUUAUGUUUUGUUACUGUUGGAGCUGAAUGAUGCAAGAAUGAUCAUAGAUCUCUUUAUUUGUCAAGCCUAAGAUGUGCGAAAAUGUUGGAAGGGCAGCAACAGAUUCAACAGAUGUUACUUUUUGAGUUACUUGGACUACAGCUCUCAACUUCUGUGGUAUCGAAUCCAGGGGAAACAAUGCACUUAAAACUUGUUGGGAAUUCUUUCAUGCAGUUCAUGCAACUCUGUUAUGUACAUUCAGGGUCUUUAUUGUAGCAAUAUACAAUUGGCAGACAGGUUGCACGAGCUGGAGUAAAUUUACCAGAAUUGGACAUCGGAAAGUAGCCACAACAGUUCAACAGAAGUGACAUCAGUCUUGGAUUUCAGGCAUCAGUUAAUGAUUCCUUUAUCUGAGCUGUAAUGCCACCUCCUUACUGUCUCUGUUGUAGGCACUGUGGGGAGUGAAAAAUUCCAAGUUCAGAUUUUGGCAGUGUCAGUAGGUGGCAAUGUUUAGUUUGUCAGGGAGGGACGUGGUAGGGAAAACUUGCAGCACACUGAAACCAUUCUGAAUUCCGACCGUGGCAUUAAUAGUCUGAUGUGUGUGUGGAGUUCAUGCUGUUCUCUGUGGAAACUCAAUAUGAGUAGUGGAGAGUGAACUAAUUAUACUGUCUGGGAGCAAAUCACUUUUGUAAUGUUGAGGGAAGUAAAAUGCUGUAUGGAUUUAAUGUGGAAUGGCUUGUUGCAUGCAUGAACCAGACCUCCAGACCUCUGGAGGGGAAAAAAAACAAACAAACAAAAAAAACCCCAAUAUCCUAUUUUUUUUUUUUCAUUACUGUAAUUAAGAGAAAAAGUGGUGAAAACAUCUUCACACUGUCAUGUUUUCACCCAGGUGAAAAUCAGAUCAUGGACAUUGGCAUAAAAAGAAUUAUAGUUGCUUGUUUAUGAAAAUAUCCGAUAUUUAGACCUUUUCAUUCUGAGAGCACUAGUGGAAGAUUGAUUGCUUACCUCAUUUGGGUCUUUUUACCACACUGACUGAAAAUUUCAUCAGUGCUUGAGUGGUGGUAAAGGGACAGUUUGUAAGGAAACAAAUUCUUAGCUGUCUUAUAACAAACAAAACAAAUUCUUAGCUGUCCUAAUGGAAGUGGCCUACAGCUGUUUCUUUUGGCUCCUGAAGAAACAAUUUACAGUACAGGAGUGUUAGAGGAUUGUGAAGUUAUGCAGAUACUUACAUGGCUCCUACUACUAAUGGUGCUUAUUUGCCCUGUGUUCUUGCAUGGUGUGCUUGCAGACGCAGUACUUGUUCUCAUGGAGGGUUGUCAGUGAUCUGGGAGAAGAUUAAAGAAUUGGAAGAUAAUCCAUACUUAACAGCACUCGUGAUUUAAGCAUGUAAAACCUGACUUCUAGAUAACCUCUUUCAGGAGAAAGCUGUAGAUUUCCCUUCAAAUCCCUUUGGACUCCAGACAAGAUUGUAUAAUUGCUCUCGUUUUCUCAGAAAACUGGAAGAGAAGUGGGAAUGUGGCUGAUGUCUUUUCCACCUUCAUGAUGCAGCUGCUGGCCCUGACGCUUCCUAAAAUGGCCUUCAGUCAAAAGGCAAGAUGCAACCACAGAAGUGGUUGUUGCUUGUCAUUUCUGUCAUCUUUCUCAAAACAAAAAAUAGCAAGACUUUUUUGGCCAUGCUUUACAGGCCCCAUCUUAUCUGCUUUUUCCUUCUGAACGAUGUAUAACAGUGGAUCCUUAUGGUAUUGGCCAAGGAAGAUCCACAUCCUUGGCUGUAACAGUACAUUGGGAGGUCUGGUGAGAUACAGAGCUUGAAGUGACUUGGUUCUUCCCCUUUGCUUAUGGGAGGGUAGAAGUGUCUGAAGUGAUUUAUGGAGCCUGCCUGGAUCUUGAUUUCAGUACAAUCUAGUGAUAAAGCUUUAUACUGUCAAGUUCUAAAUAUAAAAUUGUUUCUCAUUUAUUCUGCUGUGCUUUCUUACUAAUUAGUAAAUCUAUGCUUGUGAGAUGGAUUUAGAAGAAAAGCACUGUUAAUUGCAACAAGUCUUUUGCAGAAGAUGAUUGUUUAUUCCUGUGACCUCCAAUAAAAGAACAGCCUUAAAUGAGCUGUCAUCAGACAGGAUGGGAGAGGCACCUAGGCCUCUGCUUGAUGCUAAUUUUAUUAAUAGCAUCUGGGGCACUGUAAACUCACCACUUGUGUACCUGUGUGCUGAUGUUACAGAAACUGCAGCAGGAGCAAGUAUGCGUGAAGGUGUAGUAAGGCUUCAGGGAAAUCUGAGGAGAGCAGAACUGUGAGCUGUGCUCAGCAAUGUGAGAUUUAAUUGAUGAAAGCUUGAAAACCUGCUGUUGGGCUUGUUCAUAAACAUUUUGAAGUACUCGCUGAGAAAGUCAAAGUACUUUUGCCAAUUUGAUGUCUUGCUGGAUGUGCUAUGAAUUUUUGUUUGUUUUUCCUUUUUAGAACCCUGUGGCAAUUACUGAGGAGAUUAUUAAUGAAUCUUUCCUAAAUCUACCUUUAGAUGUAGUGUUCAUGAGCUUUCUGAAAAACACAGAAGAUAAAUCUAAGUGUGAUUAAACAGUGGCCUGUUGUGGCUGGAAUGGCACACGGCACAGAUCUGCCCAGUGCUUCAGCUGUGCUGCAGUACCUGGAAUAAACUUGACUGGACCAAGGUCAUACAGCAUAAAGCUUCUGAUUAACUCUGCUUGCACAAAUAUGGGAGCUGGGUAAGAAUGCUGCCUCCUCAGCAUCUAGAUGCUUGGGAAGUCCUUUGUUCAAAUGCCCAGUAGGUAUUACUCUUUGCUUUCUGUCAGUCCCCAUGAAAACCCAGCGGUGGGAUGCUGGAAGGUCAUUUGCAAACAGUUCUUUUCUAAAUAGGAGUAAGGUUACUCCUAAUGUCUUCAAUGAACCAUGUGAACAAAGUGUGACAUUCUUCACUAUGAUCUAUAGUUCUCUUGAAAAUGCCCCUAUUCCUAGCUUUUUAAAGAACAAGUCUUUAUAGCUGAAUGACAGCUACCCAGCUCCGCUUCAGCCAUGUAAUUUAAAAUAAUUACUAAUUAAACAAAAUACAAGACUCUAACAGUGCUAAUUGUCACAGGAGUUACUGUUUGCUGGAGCCUUACCUGGGGAAAAUAACUUGAGGGGAAAGUUGCAGGAACUGUUGUCAGGAACUGACUUUUGAGUACUCAGACUGGAGUAAGGAACAAGAUAUCUCUUGGGAGUAGACAGCAAAUGCAGAGCUAAUUUUAUAUUUGCUCUAUCAACUCUCAUUUCAAGGAAGUUAUGUGCUGGUACAGAGGGCAGCCUGCCAUUGAGCAGAACAAGCCAAGGAGAGAGUAGCUUUACAUCAGGCAAAUUAUGCAUCCAUCUCAGAUUAUUAACUGAGGAAAUGAAUCUGAAAGUAUGUAAUACACUUGAAGAGCUGAGUGUUCUUGCACCUAAAGACAAAAUGUGGGUCAGAGCAUUUGCUUUACUAUCUCAUGUAGGUGGUAUUUCUGUGUAUUGCUUAAUUAUACAACCAUCGACUUUUGUAUGGCAGAGUUAAGUUACCUAAAUUCACUUCAUUUUUUUUCUUUUACCAAAAAUAAUGAAUUGUAGUCUUAAACAGCAUGUUUUUAUUUUAAAUUAAUUUGGAGUGGGAACAUUUUUGACACUGCAUUGGGUCACUAAUGUGACUAAUAAUCAUUUGAAACCUGCAAAGGCUUCUCUGGGUGCCUGUACUGAUACUGAGCUGCUCUCUGUGCAAACUUCUUGCAACGCUCAGCCUCAAAUCAUGCUCUGUUGAUGUAACCCUUUGUUCCAUGGUGUGGUGUUGUGGAGAAAUGGCUGAUUAUCACAUUGUAGAUGUUGCUGUCAGAUCACCCUGUGGAGCUUCUUUUUGGCAGGAUGAACAAGCCCAACUUCAGCCUUUCUUCUUAAAUCCAGUUCUCCAGGCCUUGUGCUGUACGCUUUCUAGUUUUUUCCCCUCUCUGUUGCUCCGGGAAGCCUGAAACCAAAUUUGAUGUUCCAGGUACACCUCUGCCAGCACUGACUGGAGGGGGAUACCUCCCUUCUGUGUGCUGGCCAUGCUUCCUAUAGAGCCAGAUAUGCAGGUUGUUGUAUCUGUGAGAGAGUGUUGUUGGCUCGCAUUCAGCCUGGUGCUCAUACAACUCUUAGGUCCUUUUGAGAUUGCUUGUCAAAAUUGCAGCAGGUACCUUUGACACUUGUGUUCCAGCUCUCAUUGCUUUUCUAUAUACACUAGUGCAGACUGCUUCAGCGCCAGGAAAUGAUUCUGCUGUGUGGGUGAUGAUCUUUCUUUCUCAACAGGAGAGCUGCAGAACUGUGUUCUGGCUUCAGUUAUUAAUCAAACUCUUAGGCAAACUAAGAGUGGAAUAAAAGCAUUUAUACACGUUGUUGUGGUUAAACUCCAUCAAUGUAUGCAGCUCGGAGGCAAUGAAAUGUGUCUUCAUCUCUCCUGUCAAUUAUCUUCAGAGGAAGACAAACAUAGGACCUUACUGUAUGCUGGCCAUGUAAAUUAAAGCUUUAAUUAAAAGAAAACAGAGUGGA